GAACUUAAAAUACAGUGCCUACGUCGAGAUUAUUUUAUAAAUAGAGCUUCUUUAUAUAGUUUUGCAUACAACACUACUAAAAAAUUCCAAUUAAUCACCUAACUUUCCCAGUCAAAUUUGGAUAAACUGAAUGAAAUCAACAGGUGUUGUUUCCGAUGGAGUAGUUCAUCAAGUAUUGAGUAAAGACAACUACGAAAGAUGGAAAAUUGUUAUACAAAACUAUCUUGAGGGGCAAGGUCUCUGGUAUCUUGUCGAUAGUACUAAUCAGGCUUCUAAGAGGGUCCUUGAAACAGUAAAAGAAUCUAGCAGGAAUCACUUCACAGAUUCAAAAUCCAUUUCAGAUUUGGAGGAAGGUCUAUGGGGUGUUAUGCAGAGUAUUUCAGAAUUCGAAUCUGAAGCGUCAUGGAAAACAAAGAAUGCGAAAGCCUUGCAUGCCAUUCAACUAUCAUGUGGACGAGAGAUUCUAGAUGAGAUUAGUCAUUUUGAUUCAGCCAAAAAUGCCUGGAAUUAUUUGAAAUCACAAUACGGCAACGAUUUAACGGCUAGUACAGAUAUUUUACAAGAAGUAUUAUUAAUGGACGAUAGCGGUCCAUUGGAGUAUAAAGAAAUGUUCAGGAAGAUUGAGAGAGGUGAUUUUAUUGGAAACACGGGUAUGGAUUUUAACCCAUAUGUUUCCUCGGCUUCAAGUAGGUCAACACUUCUUCAUGUUGCAGUAAUUGUUGGAAAUGUGGAAAAUGUUGAAAAGUUAGUGAAAGAAGGGAAUGCCAAGUUAGUUUGCAUGCAAGACCAACAUGGUGAUACAGCACUUUCUCUUGUUGCUCGUUAUACUGGAAAUACGAAUAUAGCAAAGUGCAUGGUUGAAGAAAUAAAUGAUAAAUCUCAAGAAGAGCUGCUAGGAAAAACGAACCUUGACAAUGUAAUCCCUAUUCAUCUAGCUGCCGCUAAUGGACACAAGGAUUUGACGACUUAUCUUUACUCCAAAACCCCCUCCAAAGUGUUCGAUGAAUCAAAAAAAAAUCGUGUUUUGCUUUUUUCACUAUGUAUCACGGCUGAAAUAUUUGAUGUGGCUCUGAAAUUACUCAAGCGUUUCCAAAAUCUCCCCGAUGAAUCAUAUGGCUUCACCGAUCAUAAGCUGCUUAGAAGGAGGGAAUCAUUCUCAUUACCAAACCAAAACUCAAAACCAGUUCCUCAACCGGAAUCGUCAUCUGUUAAAUUCUCAGUCUUAAUGGAAUUAGCUAAAAUGCCUUCAGUUUUUCCAAGUGGCACCCAAUAUGGACAUCUAAGGCAAUUCAUUUACAACCAUUUGAGCGUCGAUAGGAAAUUCAGCGAAGACUAUGGCAUUACCGAAAUCACGAACUUCGUCCAAAAAGUAACAAGUGUUGAUAAAACACAGCUAAAGACUUCUACAAACCGGCCUCUCAGUCGCUAUGACAAGGUUUUGAUCGUUUUGGAUUUUCUUACAACACUAGUUUCGGGUUGGCUCUUCUGGUCUUGGAUACUGCCGCUAAAGAAUGAAUUACCAUUACUCUUUUGGCUCGUAAAGACCGUAUCAACAUUACUCUUUUGGCCCGUAAAGAUGGUAUCAAGAUUACUCUUUUGGCCAGUAAAGUUUUUCGGUUUACACCUCUGGAGAAUAUUAUGUGAAAUUGCAUACUUGUUCGAUAAAACUCUCAAACGCCUGUAUGGAAUCAGUGAAAUAUAUGAGCAAAAAUGUACCCAUUAUCAAGUUAUAGGAAUAUUGAGUUACUUCUCUCGAAGUAUUGGAAAAUUAAAUGGUCAACAGCUUAAAGAUGCUUACGCAUAUGAAGCCAUGUUGUAUGCAGCCGAGCACGGAAUAAUUGAAUUCAUAAAUGCCAUGAGGGAGGCUAAACCUGCUUUGCUUUCAGCCGUCAAUAGCUGCAACAGAGGGAUAUUUUCUUAUGCAAUUCAAUAUCGUAAACAAAAUGUGUUUCAACUGAUACAUUGUCUCAAUGGAAGGAAAGAGAUGUUUAGAUAUAGUAUAGACACGUUUGGAAAUAACAUGCUGCACCUGGCCGCACAUUUAGGUCCUCCAUCUGAUCGUCAUAGCAGGUCUGGGGCUGCUAUGCAAAUGCAAAGAGAAAUUCAAUGGUUUAAGGCGGUUGAGAAAGUUUUGCAUCCCAAGUUUAAGGAAGCCGAAAAUGAUGAUGGUAAGAAGCCUUAUGAGAUAUUCACCGAAAACCACGAGGAGCUUGUGAAAGAUGGAGAGAAAUGGGCAAAAGACACAGCAACUUCUUAUACAAUUGUGGGUACUCUCAUCAUUACCAUCAUGUUUGCUGCAGCCUUUACAGUCCCAGGUGGAAAUGAUCAAAAUACCGGUUUGCCCAUCUUCUUGCAUGACAACGUAUUCACUACAUUUCUCAUAGCAGACGCAUUGUCUCUCUUUGCAUCAGCCACUUCCGUCUUGAUUUUUAUUGGAAUCCUCACAUCGCGUUAUGCUGAGAAAGACUUCGUCAAGAACUUGCCUUGGAAAUUAAUGUUCGGACUUUCAUUCCUUUUUCUCUCUGUUUGUUCCAUGAUAGUUGCAUUUUGUGCUGCCAUUAUUGAUAUGAUCUCAAAGGGAUAUCGAACCAAUAAAUGGUCCAUUAUAGUACUUAUCAUGUUACUUGGGAGUAUUCCAAUUAUUGUUCUUGUACUAUCGCAGCUGCGCCUCAUGAAGGAAAUCAUCCACUCUACAUGGAAAAACCGCAUCAGUACCAUAGAAGGAUGACAACAUUUAUAUAUAUAUAUAUAUAUAUAUGUAUGGUUCAACAGAAGUUAGUUACUCACAAGAACAAUAGAGAUUCUUGCAAUUAAAGAAACUUAUUAUGGUCUUUGCUUUCCUUCUAUUGUUUCGAGAAUCUGUAAUUUUUCAUCUAGACAAAGAAUAAUCUUGUAUUUCAAUAUUACAUGAGAUGCCGAGUCAAUUGUUCUACCAAGACCAAGAGUCCCUUUUUGGGAUAAAAGUUUCCUCACUUAUUACAACUUAAAAU